UCUCCGGCAGUCUGUUGGCGCUCCACAUGAGGAUUAGAAGCUCGCUGUAGUGUCAGACAGAAGACCGAGCCUACAAUUCUCCAGUAGAUCAGACAGUCCUACUGGACCAAAUUGAUUUUAGUCGUUCUUUUCAUCACCGAGCAGUUGGCACCUUAUUGCUGAGAUCUCACUUGAGGGGAGGACUGAUAGACCACGGGGGGGGGGGACUGCCUUCAGGACCUCCACCCGGGGAGCCAUGUGAGCUGCACCCCUACUUCCCCAACACUCAUCCAUAUCUGGAUCAUCCACCUUCUGGACUCCCGUAGAGGGACUCUCUGGGCCGGUCGCCCCUUGGAGAUACUUGUGUCGGAGCGCUGGUUGGGGUGUGAGUGCCCCCCUGGUCUGGAGGCCCGCCGGCAGCACUCCAGCACCAUGGAUUACCUGUUUGGCUUUAUAGUGCUGCUGUGCGUGGCAGUGCAGCCGGGAGUAGGACUAGAGCCCAAGCACAAUGUACCCAGACUAAAGCUGUCAUACAAGGAGAUGCUCGAGUCCAACAACCUGGUCAACUUCGGCGGCGUUGCUAACAGUUCUGGCUACGACACCUUCCUCCUGGACGAGGAGCGGGGACGACUCCUGGUGGGCGCCGAGGACCACGUCUUCUCCUUUGACCUGGUCAACAUCAACAGGGACCACAAACAGAUCGCGUGGCCCGCCACCCCCUCCAAGCGGGAUGAGUGCAAGUGGGCGGGGAAGGACUUUUGGAAAGAGUGCUCCAACGUCAUCCGUGUGCUCCAACCCUACAACCAGACCCACCUGUACAUCUGCGGCACCGGGGCCUUCCAUCCCAUUUGCGCUUACCUGGAAAUGGGCAAGAGAGCCGAGGACAACAUCUUUCGCCUCACCUCCCAUUUCGAAAACGGCCGCGGGAAGAGCCCCUACGAUCCAAAAAUGCUCUCGGCCUCGAUUCUCCUGGACGGGGAGUUGUACUCAGGCACGUCGGCCGAUUUCAUGGGCAGGGACUUCGCCAUUUUCCGCACCUUGGGCGACCAUCACCCCAUCAGGACGGAGCAACACGACUCCAGGUGGCUUAAUGAUCCACGAUUCGUCGGGGUGCACCUGAUCCCUGAGAGCGACAACCCCGAGGACGACAAGAUCUUCCUGUUUUUCAAAGAGAACGCCAUGGACGGUGAGCACACGGGCAAGGCCACCAUCGCCCGCAUUGGACAACUGUGUAAGAACGACAUGGGAGGUCACCGCAGUCUGGUCAACAAGUGGACCACCUUCCUCAAGGCCCGCCUCUUGUGUUCCGUGCCGGGGGUCAACGGCAUCGACACACACUUCGAUGAGCUACAGGAUGUGUUCUUGAUGAGCUCCAAGGACCCUAAGAAUCCGGUCAUCUACGCCGUUUUCACCACAUCCAGCAACAUCUUUAAAGGAUCGGCGGUGUGCAUGUACAACAUGGCCGACAUAAGAAGGGUUUUCCUGGGUCCUUACGCUCAUAGGGACGGACCCAACUACCAGUGGGUGCCCUUCCAAGGCAGGGUGCCUUACCCACGACCUGGAACUUGUCCGAGCAAGACUUUUGGUGGUUUCGACUCCACUAAAGACCUCCCAGAUGACGUCAUCACCUUCGCCAGGGGCCACCCGGCCAUGUACAACCCAGUGCACCCCAUCGGCGGGCGUCCCAUCAUGGUGCGCACGGACGUGGACUACCAGUUCUCCCAGCUGGUGGUGGACCGCGUGGAGGCCGAGGACGGGCAGUACGACGUGAUGUUCAUCGGCACAGAUGUGGGCACGGUGCUGAAGGUGGUCACCAUCCCCAGAGAGAGCUGGCAUAACCUGGAGGAGGUAGUGUUGGAGGAAAUGACUGUCUUCAGGGAGCCAACUACAAUCACUGCAAUGGAGCUGUCAACCAAACAGCAACAAUUAUACCUGGGCUCGUCGCUGGGCGUCUCCCAGAUGCCCCUGCACCGCUGCGAGGUGUACGGCAAAGCCUGCGCCGAGUGCUGCCUGGCUCGCGACCCUUACUGCGCCUGGGACGGCGCCGAGUGCUCCAGAUACUUCCCCACCGCCAAGAGGCGCACCAGACGUCAGGACAUCCGAAAUGGAGACCCACUUUCUCAGUGCUCAGACCUUCAGCAUCAUGAUGACAUGGAUGGCGCCGGUGGCGUGGGCGGCGUGGAGGACCGCGCGGUGUACGGGGUGGAGAACAGCAGCAUGUUCCUGGAGUGCAGCCCCAAGUCUCAGCGGGCGCUCAUUUACUGGCAGCUGCAGAGGCCAAACGACGAGCGCAAGCAGGAGAUCAAGCUGGACGACAGGCUGCUCCGCACAGACCAGGGCCUGCUCGUCCGCAGUCUGGCCCAGUCCGAUACAGGCGUCUACCACUGCCAGGCGGUAGAGCACGGCUUCAUCCAGCCUCUCCUGCGCCUCAACCUCCAGGUCAUCCCCACCCAGAAGCUGGUAGACAUCCUGCCGGGGCUCCCCGGAGUCGGGGCGGCCCCUCCGGGCAAGCAGCGGGUGUGGUACCGGGAUUUCCUGUCUCUCCUGGAUCACCCGGACCUCAACAGCGUGGAGGAGUUUUGCGACAGUGUGUGGAAGAAAGAACGCAAGCAGAAGAAGACGAAGGCGCCAAACGCUAACCCGCCGUUGCGGCCCAAAUCUGCGGCUCCUAACGCCCAGAGGCAGCAGCAGGCCAGUCCGGCCCAGGGCAAAGCCUGGCUCCAGGCUGGAGCGGAGACAGCGGACGCUAACCAGAAACUGGGCAUGCUGAGCGUCCAGGCGCCCAAAAACCAACCCAAGACGCAAAACGGCCAAAAGGGGCAGACCGCCAUCGCCCAGGGCGCUGCUCGAGCGGGAGGCCAGCAGCAGCAGCAGCAGCAGCACACCGCCAAGUGGAGACGCAUGCAGGAGAACAAGAAGGGACGCAACAGGAGGACCCACGAGCUGCAAAGACCUCCGCGUAGCGUUUGAGACCUCGCAAACCAAGCACACAACACAUCCUGUAGAUUGUGUAGGAUUCUCUCCUUCCAAGAUGUGAAAGGCGGAAUAAACUGGAAGAAACUGGUGAGGACACUUUCACUUCUUGUACAUAAGCUACUCCGAUAAGACACAACAAACUGUGACUUGAAUGCUGAAAAGAAGAAGAAGCACAUACAACCAUUUUGACUUGAGCAUGUGACCCCCCCACCUUUGUGACAAAAACUCUUAUUUUGAAGAGCCUUCCAUGUCUCAUUAGAGCAGUGGUUCUUAACCUGGGUUCGAGGCGGAGGUCCAAACACACCCGACUCAUCGUGUCAAUACAAACUUCUCCCUAUUAGGGUUUUACGGAUACGGCAACAGCAGAAGUCACACUGAUCUGCAGGUGUGUAAUUUGUUGUGAGUUCAUGCACUGUGUUGCUUUUGUUCUUUGAACAAGUUGAUGUUCAUGCACGGUUCAUUUUGUGCACCAGUUAAAAAAACAUGUUAACACUUUAGUAUGGGGAACAUUCACCAUUAAUUAGUGGCUUCAAUCAAUCAAUCAAUGUUUAUUUAUAUAGCCCCAAAUCACAAAUGUCUCAAAGGACUGCACAAAUCAUUACGACUACAACAUCCUCGGAAGAACCCACAAAAGGGCAAGGAAAACUCACACCCAGUGGGCAGGGAGAAUUCACAUCCAGUGGGACGCCAGUGACAAUGCUGACUAUGAGAAACCUUGGAGAGGACCUCAGAUGUGGGCAACCCCCCCCCUCUAGGGGACCGAAAGCAAUGGAUGUCGAGCGGGUCUAACAUGAUACUGUGAAAGUUCAAUCCAUAGUGGCUCCAACACAGCAGUGAGAGUCCCGUCCACAGGAAACCAUCUCAAGCGGAUCAGCAGCGUAGAGAUGUCCCCAACCGAUACCCAUCCUGGGUCCCGACGAGCGGUCCAUCCUGGGUCUCGACUCUGGACAGUCAGUACUUCAUCCAUGGUCAUCGGACCGGACCCCCUCCACAAGGGAGGGGGGGACAUAGGAGAAAGAAAAGAAGCGGCAGAUCAACUGGUCUAAAAAGGAGGUCUAUUUAAAGGCUAGAGUAUACAGAUGAGUUUUAAGAUGAGACUUAAAUGCUUCUACUGAGGUAGCAUCUCGAACUGUUACCGGGAGGGCAUUCCAGAGUACUGGAGCCCGAACGGAAAACGCUCUAUAGCCCGCAGACUUUUUUUGAGCUCUAGGAAUCACUAAUAAGCCGGAGUCCUUUGAACGCAGAUUUCUUGCCGGGACAUAUGGUACAAUACAAUCGGCAAGAUAGGAUGGAGCUAGACCGUGUAGUAUUUUAUACGUAAGUAGUAAAACCUUAAAGUCACAUCUUAAGUGCACAGGAAGCCAGUGCAGGUGAGCCAGUACAGGCGUAAUAUGAUCAAACUUUCUUGUUCUUGUCAAAAGUCUAGCAGCCGCAUUUUGUACCAACUGUAAUCUUUUAAUGCUAGACAUGGGGAGACCCGAAAAAUUUGCUUAUUAGUAUGCAAAUUAGUAACAUAUUGGCUCUUAACCAGUCAUCAUUAAGUACUUAUUAAUACCUUAUUCGGCAUGGCCCUAACCAUCUAAACCUAACCAAAUAACUCUAAAUUAAGUCUUUAUUACUUAGAAUAUGUUCCCCUAGUCUCCAAAAACCUCUAAAUUAAGUCUUUAUUACUUAGAAUAUGUUCUCCGUACUAAAGUGUUACCAAAAGCACAUAACUUUGUCUUGAAUUUGGAAAAAAAACAUUUUAUUUUUCACAAAGAAGGGUUCAAUGAAUGCGCAUAUGAAACUAAUUGGGUUCGGUACCUCCAACAAGGUUAAGAACCACUGCAUUGGAGUAUCACAUGCAGAGGAAAAUAAUUGUGCAUGUUGUCCAUGAUUUGAUAAGCUGGUUAUUUUAUGGCAUUUUUUCUUUGCAUUUUCUUUUUACAUUGACUUCCUACACCCCACCACCACCACCACCACCGUCUAUGUAACUUAUUACAUUACACUUACUUUGUGUACAUACAGUAUAUACAUCAAACUCGCUUCUGUGUAUAUACAGUACACCUGAUCCUUAUUUAUUGCUCGUUUUUUGUGAAAAGGCUGCAUUUAUUUUUGAUAUUAUGCUAUUUUGGGGGCGUGGUCAGCGUAUUACAAGGGGAAACUUUGGACCAACUGACGUAGAAAUGCAGAAUAUAUAUUAAAAAAAAAGGCCCAGCAAUAAUAAGCACAACACAUUUUUUUUUUUUCAUUUCUCGUCCUUCACGUGCUUCAUGUGUAAGACCACCACUCCCCCCCCCCCAUCCAAAAAACUGUUAGCUGUGAAUCUGUAAGAAAUAGUGCAAAAACUAGUCCGAGGAGAAGACAUGUUAUAUUGCAUGUGAAUGCUGCCUACAGUAAGUGCAUCUUUCUAUUGUCUCUUUCGUGUUUUUUGUGUGAGAGCGCCCUUAAUGCUACUACUUUUGCUACCAGACACUAUGAUCAUAAAUGAGAGUAUCAAGACAUAAAAAGCUGGCAAAAAAAGCUGCUGGACAAUGAACAAUGUCCUUUUUUACAUGACACGUGUAGAGAGCAUCCACAAUUUAGCACAGAAAAAUCCAUUUUGUGUCUCCUUAAUUGAACACUUGAGAGCUGAAAGUGACGGCUGCUGUAAAAACACUUCUUUAUGGCAUGUUGUCCCAAUAAAAAUCUGUUACAAACUG